CAACUCCCACAACUUUCGGAGUAAGUCGAACGUCAAUACGCCCGAUGCCUAUGGGAUGUUCGUUUGCACCUAUAUCGCCGUUCAUUCGCUACAAUCACUGCUCCUUUAUCCUUCCCCUUUCCCACCUUAACGUGCCUCUAUCUACCGUAAACAAGCGGUGAGCACUGGCGUGGGUGCAAAGAUGGGCAUUAAAGGCCUAUUGCCCAUGCUCAAGUCCAUCCAGAAGCACUGCACUCUCAAAAAGUUCUCCGGACAAACCAUUGGAGUUGACGCCUAUGGCUGGCUACAUCGCGGCGUGGUGGGCGGUGCGUUCGCCCUUGCCCUCGACAAGCCGACCACCAUCCACAUUGAUUUCGUGUUGAGCCGAGUUCGGAUGCUGCUUGACUUCGGAGUUACUCCUUAUUUGGUCUUUGAUGGGGAUAAUCUGCCCAGCAAAGCUGGAACAAAUGCGGCCAGGCGCAAGAAAAGAGAAGAAAGCAGGGCAUUGGGUCUGGAACUGCACAAGGCCGGGAAAACCACACAAGCGCAACAAGAACUCCAGAAAGCCAUUGAUGUUACCCCUCUUAUGGCUCGACAAUUGAUCGAGGAGCUGAAGAAGCUCAAUGUCCAGUACAUCGUGGCGCCCUACGAAGCCGAUGCACAGUUGGUCUAUCUGGAACAGAAGGGUAUCAUCAAUGGGAUUCUGGCUGAAGAUUCCGACAUGCUGGUUUUUGGUGCGCAGCGGCUAUUGACGAAGCUUAAUCAAUAUGGCGAAUUGGUUGAGAUUGAGCGGUCAGACUUCCCCAUGUGCAAAGACAUCUCACUCGCAGGCUGGACAGACACAAUGUUCCGGAGGAUGGCCAUCCUCAGUGGCUGCGAUUAUUUGCCAAAUAUUGGCAAACUGGGGCUUAAGACAGCGCACGGCCUCGUCCGCAAGUAUACUGACAUCGAAAAGAUCCUUCGGAUGGUCCAACUAGAAGGAAAGCUGAUUGUACCGAAUGGCUACUUGGAGCAAUUUCGGCAUGCAGAAUUAACCUUCUUACACCACCGCGUCUUCUGUCCGAUCGCACAAAAAAUGGUAUUCUUGAACGCACUUGGUCCUGGAAUGUCAGAUUCAGAUAUGCCAUAUCUUGGGCCUCACGUGGAAGCUUCCACAGCACUUGGUGUUGCCUGUGGCGAUCUUGAUCCGUUCUCGAAGAGACCCAUCCAGCUUAACAGCAAAUCGUUGGGUCGCCCCGCUCUUGGAGAGCGUAGGAGCCAGAGCUAUGCGUCCGUACCCGAGCUGAAGCCGAAGAAAUCGAUAGAGACAUUCUUCAAGCCUCAUCGACAGCCUCUUGCUGAGUUAGAUCCCAACAGCCUCACCCCUUCUCCCUCGCAACAACGGCUGCUGCAACGCAAUCAGAACGCGUCUUGGGAACCAAGACUGGUGUCUUCUGCUCCAGCUUUGAGGCGAAGCACCACAAUAUCAGCUACGCUUGGUGGUACAACAGACCGCACGGCCUUUCUGGCUAGAGCUUCAACAAUGUCGACCUUCCAAUCAGUAAAGAGACAACGACUGUGCUCGGACUCAAUGGACCCUUCACCAACUCGAGAAGUGAAACAAAGUCCAUUUUUCACCGCCAAGGGCGAAGAAGCCAGUCCUUUGGUCCAGAAGAUCCGCAAGAACAAGAGAAAUGCCAAGUCUAAGUUCGAGAUCUUUUCGGACCAAUGUGUCGGAGAAAUGUUGUUUGAGCCUGAAGUCCAGCAAGCGGCAAGUCCUGCCAAAGACGACACGGUGCCGGACUUGACGCAACCGAAAGUGCGUUGCUCAUCUCCAGGUCCUGAACCACAGGAAUCCAUACCACAAUCCUCUCCCGCAGUCGAAUCUGCGAAGCGGCGUUCACCAUCGGACACGCUUGAGAGGGGCAGGACCGCAGCUGGGAGGGAAAUUAGCAAGGACGAUGAUCCCGAAGCCUUUGAGGAUUUACUCGAAUACCACGUCCGGAAGCAGAAUGCAUCAUUGAUGAAGACUUUUGCUUUCCAGCCUCAAGAAAGCCGAGACUCUCUCACAGGGUCGCUGUACCCCGUGGAAUUGAGGCAGAAGUCACCCAUUUUCCGGUCAGAGACCCAGUUGGGCGUGCCUAGCAAGUCGCCGAGUGCCGGAGACACUCAGUCGUCUCAUCGAGAAGUGGAUUUACAAAAGACCUUCGGAUGUCAGCCAUUCGAGGUGCAGCAGUCAGCUUUGAGGUCGCUGAACAAGCAAGGCUCCUACGGGGCAUCAUAUCCGACCGUACCCAAGGGUAGUGAAACAUUUAUGGCAGGGAGGAAUGAAAGUGUCCCCACCGUUGUUCGGCGAAAUGAGGGGCGCGGAAGUGAGGAUGCGAUCAUACCAAACAGUGAGGAUGAAGGGUCGGAGGCGGGAUCACCAGCGCCGAAAGCCAAGUUUGAUCUCAGUUCAUUUGCAUUUGUAUCGGCAUGAAUGAGUUGUUGCUUAGCUUUAGCGGCAUUCUGUAUGGCGUCUAGUUGAUUUUCAAGGAUGCAUUGUAUGGCGAUGUGGAAGGUUUGGAUUGGCUAUGGGAGACGGGGCAUUGGGCAGAAACGACGAGCCAGACGGUCAACGACUAUUGGUUACAGCGAUGUGCACUGGUGCGGUCACUGAUUGAUUAUGAUAGAAGUACUCGUAAUGACUGAGUU